AUGCGCCUCCAUUUAAUCUGCGGAAAUUUUCCUUUUCCUGUUUGCGCUGCGUAAUUCCCGAUUUCUGUUCGGAUUUUCGGAUACAUAACUUCCCGUAGAUUAUUUUUCUACUGCUAAAAAUGGUCGUGUUAGCCAGCGAUUCGACGCGCGAUGACGCAGCCAAGAAGUCCUUGAUCGAGAAGGAAUUGGGCGGUCGCGGUGAUACGGAAGAAUCAGGUGCCAAUGCUGAUGAAGAAUCCUCCGAGUCGGAUGACGACGUCCCUGCUCUGGAGGAGAACGAGGCUGCUGAGGGCAGUGGGGCCGCGGGUGCGGGCCGCAAGGGAGCAGAAGCAGCGGCGGCCGGGGAAGGCAACCUUGAUCUGUCUGGGGCGGGGAAUGUGCACAUCGGCAAGCAGAGCCGCGGGGAGAAAAAGGCCCGCAAGGUUCUUCUCAAGCUGGGAUUGAAGCCCGUCCCCGGAGUGACCAAAGUGACAAUCCGCAAAUCGAAGAACAUUCUCUUCGUGAUUCACAAUCCCGAUGUGUACCGGCACCCCGGGUCGGACCACUACAUCAUCUUCGGGGAGGCGAAGAUCGAGGACAUGGGCCACCAGGCCUCCCUGCAGUCGCUGGAGCGCCUGCGCAACACCGCCGACUUCGGCGGGGACGAGCGCAAGGGCCUGGACGUGGGCGGCCCCGGCGGCGACAAGGGCGAGGGCAGUAAGGAGGGCGGCGGCCCCGGCGGCGCCACCACCAAGAUCGAGGAGUCGGACGACGAGGCCGGCGUGGAGCCGGACGAGACGGGCCUGGACUCGGGCGACAUCAACCUGGUCAUGACGCAGGCCGGCGUCAAGCGCUCCCGCGCCGUCAAAGCCCUCAAGCGCAACGACGGCGACAUCGUCAACGCGAUAAUGGAGCUGACGAUGUGAGGAGCGCGGGACGGGGUUCUUCCUUUUGUGCUGUGCUCCGUGCAUCCUCCUCUCUGACGACGCCGGUUGCUGCCCGCCAAAUUGCCCGCUGCGGGCGCUGUUUGUACAACUAACUUCUCUUUUGACUUUUUUUCACGGGGACGCAGUCUUGUGGUCAUGUUGUGCAUGGGCACGGAUAGUUUACGUUUUAUUGUUGAUUUCUGCUCUUUAACGGAUUAUUCAGUGUCCCUCAAGCGAAUGGCAUGACGUGUUUUGACGGGGUACAAAGUGAUAACAAUAUCGGUUCGAGCGCUG